AUGUCUUUUUUCUCAAAAUUCACGAAAAAAUUAUAACCACAAAGAUUGAGUUAAAGAGAGCAAUUAAUGUAAAUUUUAGACAAUGUACUUAAACCUAAUAUUCAAUAUAACUUAAAAGAAGGAACUGAAAUACUUGCCCAGUAUUUGAUUAAAAGUGAAUGUAAAUUAUAUUAUGAUAUUCAAGAACAUAUAUCCACUUUAUUUGAAUUCUUAGCAACCAUUACAUUUGAUUUUUAACCAAUAAAAGUAAUUCAAUUAUUAGCAAUACUUCAUUAAUUAUUAUCAUAAGAUGAAUUAAGUUAAAAUAUAUCCAUCAAAAUAAGAACUGUAAAGAUGCCUUGGUUAUAAAAUAUAGGAACACUUAAAGGUAUAAAGGAUAAGAAUGAAAAAUGUUAAUAAACUUCAUCAAUUAUUUAAUUAAAUGAAAUACCAUAUUAAACACCAAGCUCACAAUUUUUGUAUGUUUAAUAGUGCUAUUUUUAUUUAUAAUUGCUUUCGUAAAACAUUGAUUUAUAUUAUGCAAUUUCUUUUAAUAAUUAUCCAUAUAGUACAAAAUAUGAGAUAGAUCAAAGACUUAAGUGCACUUGGAUUUAUAAAAUUUAAAAUAUAAUGAAUUAUGCAAUCCAGUUAUUAGUUUAUAAUAAAGAGUAUAUUGAGAUUUAGAAAGUUAUUUAUUAAGAUAUGUUAAAAUUUCAUUCAUUCAUAUGUUAGGAGAUCACUUAGGUAUUAGAUUAAUAUGCUACUUUGGGAAGAUGUUAUACUUUAAGUUUGUAUGAAAUAUUUUGUGAAAGCAACAAGCAUUAUGAAUAAUUGAAAAGGUUUUGGAAAGAAAUUGGAUUAUAAUAACCUGAACAAUGUAUGUUAUCCAAUGGGUUAUUAUAAGAAUUUUUGCUUUUUGUAUCCAAAUUAAAAUUGUUGAAUUAGAUAGUGUACAAAAAGAAAAUAAUAGAUCCUUUAUCUAAAAUAAAGGAUAUAAAUGUAUUUUUAUAAAUUAAUUAAUAAAAAAGAAAAUGAAUUUUAGAAAAGGAAGUUAAUACCAAAUUGAAGAUAUUGAGACUCAUGAUGAAGUUUUCAUGUCAAAUCAAUCAAAGAGAAAUUAAAAAUUAUUUACAUCUUGUGCUGUUUAAUUGUGA